CUCGACCGUUUCUUCCUUCUCCUUCUCCUUCUACCUGUCCUCGACAGCAGCAGUAACGCACCAGAGCCCUACUAAUUCGCAUUAGUCAGUCAACCACGACAGUGCCCUCUUCAGAAUUAUCAAACACAUAAUCCUUCCCGCUGUUUGGUUUGACAUUGUCUUUUUGUAUUCAGAGAUGUGAGACCCUCACGCAAAUGUGUGGGACUUGAUGUCUACGUCAAUCAUCGACGUCCCCAUAUCCGCCCGAAGAAGUGCGAUCCCGUCCGUCCCGUCCCCUUACGGUCUUUCGGGUAGUGUGUUUUGGCCUGUUCGUUGAUGACUCUCCUUGCCCUGCUCGUUUGAAUGUUGGCUCGUAUCACAAGAUUCCGCAGCUGCUCAUAUAGAUUCGCAAUCCCAUCGUUUUUUUGCAUCCCAUGAUGGGGUGAUCUCUGUCUUUCUCCGGCACGUUUGUCUCAGCUGGCCAUCAUCACCCUCCCACAGGGGUUGGUUUGAUCCAAAGUACAGCCCGGCUCUGUCGAGCCCCUCCGCAAUCAUGGCAUCCUUAACCACCUCCAGCUUACAUUACCUCACAAGCCUCGCAACUGAAACCGGUGAUGUCGCGACGUCAACCACCCAAGCAAGCGGCCCAUCCUACACUGGAGACCCCGUCCCCUACGAUGACGGUUACUACCGGAGCGACACCCCCAUGGUAUACCCCUUCACCACCUCCUCCUUCCCCUUGGCCCUAACCACAGCAAUCCUCUUUUUGAUCCUCACCUUCCUGCACGCGUACCUCUGCUUCAAGAAGAAGACUGUCUUUUUCGCCAUCACGAUCUACGCCUCCCUCGCAAUGGCAACCUCCCAAACAAUGAAAUGCUACCUCGUCCAACUCCAAACCAUCAUCUUGCACUCCACCAACCUCUCCUCCUCCACCAUCAACCAGCUGGAACGUGCCGACGUCGUGCUUGUUGUGAUGGACCUCUUGGAGGCGAUUCCCGCGUCUGCGAUGGGGUUUUUGCUCAUGAUGACGUAUACCAGGUUGACGUGGUUUAUCAUCCCCAAAUCGGGGAGGAAGAACGGGAGGGUUUUUGGCUUGCCGGCGAGGUGGCAGACGAGCUUGCUGGCGUUGGGGCAGAUGGUGGGGGAUGGGUUGGUGGGGGUGGGUCACUACUAUGGCCUGGGGUAUUUGCAGAGUCUUGGGGGGGUGGUGGGAUUAAUGACCUGGGGGGUUUUGGGGGGGUUGGUGGUUAGGGCGGGGAGGGUGGAGGUGAGGGAGGAGGUGAAGGAGGUGAAGAGGUUCGUUUGGGCGGUUGGGGGGGCGGUUGGGUUGCUGAUUGGGUGUGCCACCGCGAGAAUCAUCAGACGGGAGGCGGUGGCGUAUUUUUUGGCUGAGGCCCCGUGGUGGUCGAGUGAGUAUGGGGUGUCAGAGACGUUCGCCAUGUCGGAGUGGCCGGUGUACGUGUUUCAGCAUUUGCCGAUUUUGUUGAUCUUGGUGCUUAUGGCGGUUUACCACCCGGGAGUCUACCUUCCCAGGCGGUUGACUGGUUGGAGGCUCAACACCAAGAAGCUGUUGAGAGAGGAAAGGAUGAGAGAGGACGUGGAGAACUUGAAGGUGUUGGCGAGGAAAGAGUCAAAGGCGUCGUCUGUACAGGGGAGUGAGCUGGAUUGCUUUGAGAGGGUUGACCUUGACAAGGAGACCAAGUAAAACAAAGUAGGGAAAGGGACUAUGGGGACGGUUGUGGACGGAGGCGUGGCGCCAUAUUUCGUGUUUGUUCGGAUGAUGAGUUUAGGUACCUUGGGCAGGUAAGACUUUUGGAGUUAUGGAAUCGGAUAGGUUUCAUAGAACAAAAAACAGCCUCCAAAACGGCUGUCUAACAUGAUUUGAUUUAGAGCGUUCCCGGUGACCUUUGAAUCUAUCCCAUGAUACCUGUCUUAAACCGCCUCAUCCAACGACGGGUCAGCCGGCCAGAAUAUCCAAAUCACCACCACAAUCAACUUCAACCCAGCCGCUGCCCACAACGCCCCGGCGACCCCAAACUCUGUGUUCGCCAGCUUCCCUCCCAAAAACGCACCGAGCAGCAGCGACAACGGCGCCGCCACCCUCCGAUUCCGUUCCGCAUUGUGCACCGCGAACAAGUCCGCAUCGGAGAACAAGUCACAGUAGAUGCUCGUCAGCACCACGCUCGUGAGCGCAUUGUACUUGAGCGCCCGGCUCAUGACAGCCUGCCCGCAGCUCUGAAACGCCACCAGCGCGAUGGGCACGAGGACGUACCAGGCGACCGACUCGGGGUGCACGUCCGAGCCCGCCAGCGUGACCAUGCAGGCGGCCACGACGAUGAGGAGGAGUUGGGCGGUGAAGGACGCGCAGAGGACCCA